AUGUCCGAACCUAAGUGGGGCAGUGGAGAAAGGUCGCUACUAUCAAAUCCUGCGGUGUUUAAUGAUUUACUGUUAAACUUGUGUUCUAGCACAACCUCAACAAACAUGUCACAUCAAGCGUGGACCAUCGCCGACUUACCUCAUCGUCAUUGGAAGCUGAAAUAUCUGCCAGACGAAUUUCGCUCCGAAGACAUCAAAGACGAGAACCAUCCGUAUUAUAGCCUACUGCAAACCUUUGACCAAAUAAGAGACCUCCAAUUCACCACCGACGACAUUCCAGCGUUGGCAUGCCUGGAACCGAAAUUACAACAGAUCGGCAAGAUCAUCGAUAAAUUGAUCGACCUUCCAGGACCCUAUGCCAAAGGAAUAUUUGAUUUCACUGCCCUGUCGGCGUACGUUCACACCAUAAAUGAUCUGUGGUCAAAGAAGAAUCAAAUGUACCUGACGCCGAUAUGGCGGCAACCUUGGGAAUAUCGAUAUCCAUAUCAACACUAUAACGAAAGUCUUGUCUACGAUCCAAUACUUCUCUCACAACUUUCACAGAUUAGCCUAAUAUUGGAUUGGUGGCUGGGGAAACCACAAUUCGACUUUUGGAUCGGCAUUAUUGACCUAAAUUUUGACAAUUAUUCUACACAGGAUAAUCGAAAAACUAACGAGAAGGUGGGAUCCGAUGACAAAAAGGGUCUGGAGACCAACAGCAAGAAAGAGGAAAGUGAUAGUGAGAGUGAUAGUGAGGAAGAAAUUGACAUCGAAAGAUAUAUAGGCUCAAGAUGA